CACCUUUCGUACCAUUUGCCCCCACGCAAAACUUUAAGAAGUUGCCUUGUAAUGUGUAUGGUGGUCCAAAUCCUGGGGCCCUGGUUUCACCAUCAUUUACUCAAUCUCCAUCUCUCUUUCUUGAUUUCAGAGAAUAAGUUAAAGCAAACCCAUUUCUAAUUCUUCUCCAUUUUCGUCUCCGAUAUCAUGAACUCACCAUCGCCGCCGUCCGCAGCCCAUCAGCCACCAUCACCACCUAACCCACCCCAAACAGCUGCUUCCUCACAUGGGCUUUCCUUGAUUCCAUUGAAGAAAGAACCUUUAUUGGAAGAAAAGGUAUUUACCACACCUCCACCUCCGCCGCCAAGGAGGUCGUCCACCAAGGACCGGCACACAAAAGUGGAGGGUAGGGGGAGAAGGAUCCGAAUGCCGGCCACCUGCGCAACACGGAUAUUCCAGCUGACCAAAGAACUUGGCCACAAGUCCGACGGCGAAACAAUCCAAUGGCUUUUACAACACGCUGAGCCCUCCAUUAUUGCGGCCACAGGCACCGGUACCAUUCCAGCCAUCGCUAUGUCAGUCAACGGCACCCUUAAAAUCCCCACCAGCAUCAGCACCGUCACCGUCACCGCUACCGCAGCCGCCGUCGCCACCACCACCACAUCAAUACCAAAAAAACGAAAACUCCCUUCUGAUUUCGACAUAAACCGAAACGAAAACACUCCAACCACGGUCACCACCUCCGUUCUCGCUCCUCUCAUGACAACCACCGCACAACCUCAAUCUUUCAUCCCGAUAUGGGCCAUACCCUACAACGGAACCGCCGCGUUUUGGGCGUUUCAGCCUUCUACAACUCCAUUUCUUAACAAUUCCGCUACACCAAUCUCCUUCAUUACCUCUGGUGACCAAAAACCAACACCAAUUAACACAGCAAAUUACACAACCAUUACCACUACCUCUACCUCCAUCUCCACCUCCACCUCCGCCUCGGCAACCACAACUCCCACAAAAGCUCAAUCUUUCACAGAUUUUCCGAUGAAUCUUCACGAAAGAAAAGAGUUCUCUUUCAUUCAGGUAAACCAUGGAACACCUUCUGAGCAAUAACCAGACCUCUUAUUUCUUUCUUUCAUUUCCUAUCCAUUAUCGUCAAGAACAUGAACACGUGAGUGAAGAUGAUUACGUGUAAAGUGGGGCCCACAAAGUGGGCAGGUCUUAGGUGCAGAUGGGUCCAAGGUUAAUGUGGUGGGCUCAAAGUGGCCCCACUUAAGCUUAAUGAAGGUGGAGAGUGGGCCCAUUUAGUGGGUCAUUUGACAUCGAAAACCGUCGAGUUAUGCGGCAUGAACGAGGGGCCCAAUUUAUGAUGGACCAUACCAACGGAGCAGACGGCAAAACAGUCUGCCACGUGGCUGAAUCGGGACGACAUUAUGAUACUUUCUGGGAUUUUGACACGUAAGAGUUGCCCGUUGGCUAAUUUCCUUUUAUCUUUUGUUUUUAGCUUUAUUCUUUUACCUUAGGUUUAGGUAUAUCGUUGGGUUAUCUUCAAGAAUUAGCAACUUGUACCAUAUGCAAUUAUAUAUGUACGUUGUUACAUUUGUUAGCACCUUCUACCAUAUGCAAUUAAAUAUGUACUUUGCUUUCGAUAUAAAAGUCGAGAACUAUGUAUGGCUACUUUUUAUAGAUAGUGAUCAAACAAAUACGAGAUACGUUCAUUUU